CUAACAACAUGGAAAGAUCAAAGAAUGCGAUGACUAAUCCUACUCUUUCUCAGAGCCAAGCUCUUGAAAUAUCGCAAAUAACAACAAAAGAGAAAGCUAUUAUGAACAAAGAGACAUAUGUUCACAAGAAGAUCAUUUUCUCGAUAAUCGGAGAGUUUAAUGGUGUUCUUCUACUAUGGGGAAAUUUUCUUAGAAGUAAUUCAGAAUUCAGGCAUUUGGCAAACCUAAAGAUCUGCAUUCCUGAAGAUACAGACUUGAGCAUUGAUCCUGGUGAUGCAGAUCAUUUCAGGUCUUUUGAUAAGUUUUUGAAAACAUUACAGCUCAGAGAUUGCAAAGAACUAUUACUAUAUAAAUUGAAUUUCUUAAACAAAUCCCCAGUUGGUUUAGGUUCUUACAUCAGAUAUCUUUCUAAACCCUUAUCCUUUGUUACAAAAGAAUUCCAACUUGUAAGCACUAAUCUUGGACCGAAAGAUAUUAGUAAGAUACUGUUGUGUUGAAGACACCUCGAAGAAGUAGUACUUUCACAAUGAGUAAUUGCUUUUCAGACAAAAAAAAUACCGAAAGUUUCUCACAUCAAAUUGAAAAAGAUUAUAUUGUCAUGAUGCCAAUUGAAAGAGCCAAGCUUUUUAGAUUUAAGUAGCACCAUCUAUGAGCAUAUUUUAAAAUUGGUCCUAGAAUCUUGUUUUAAAGCAAGUCUUGAAUCAUUUCAGUAUUACGAAUAUAGUAGCGAUUAUUUGGAUCCAAAGCAAAUAACAGAAAAGUUUCAACUCAAUCCUACUCAAAUCUCUCUAGAAGAUAAUACCUUAACAAUAGACUUCUCAACUUAAAAUAAUUCUCAAUAUCUCUUCAUACCCAC